UAUACUAAUUUCACCUAACAGUUCAGUUCACAACCUAAAAUAAUCUAAUUAGCUAAUUAACUUUACAUGAAUAAUUAUCAAAUACUUACCUCGUUUGUCCAAACAGAGUCGAUACGAUGUUGGCCAUGUCCCCAAAGAAGUGUCGGAUCGACCGGACUUGGAUCAAUUGUCGUCGGCGGUAAUCUCAUCGAAUAAGGAUCCAUAAGCCUAGGAACUGCAAAAACAAAGCAACAAAACAUAAUAAAAAACACAACAUUAAAAAAAAUCAAGCCGCCGAUGAGAGUCUCACCGCGCAAACGGCCGCCGACUCCACCACGACCUCGCCGGCCUCAACCUCUGCCUCUGCCGGCGGCGACUGGUUUAUCGUCGGAGGACAUCUCGGGCGGCGGCGCUUCAGUCAAGGGCGGCGGCGCUUCUGUCAAAGGCGGCGGCGCCUCAGUCUUGGGCGGCAGCGGUUGCGGCGGGAGGCACCAAGAGGGUUCUCUGGUUCGGGGUUGGGGGGGAGAUGUGGGAUAUGUGGUGUGGAGGAGUGAAGAAGAGGAAGGAAGAAGAAGAGGAGAUAAGGUGGGCCCGUCGGUAUUUAAAAAAAAAAAGGCUUGGGCGCUCCCGCCUGAGUCUCGGGCGCCAACGCCUAGGACUGAUUCAAAAAUGUGACUGAGGCGGGGCCGCUUGAGACUGGGGCGCCAGCGCCCAGGACUGGGUAAAAAAUCAGUCCCGCCUGAGUCUCAGGUGGUCCCGCCCCAAACCUUACUAAAAAACACAAUAUCUGUGUCAAUACUUUUAAAUUUGCAAUAUUAGUGCUAAAUUAAAAAAAAUAAUAUUUGUGUCAUUAAUCCGACCAGACCACACACACUAAAGAAGGAGCCCACAAACCACACCAAACCAUAGUUCUGGUCUCACGGUCCAGACCAAACCCUACGAUACGGCCUAGACCGCGGUUGCCCAUACUGUUUGGUCUAGAUUCCCAGCCCUACCAAAUGGGAACAAAAGAAAGUCAUUCUUUUGGUUUGCCUUGUUAAAAUCGAGCCGAACUGAUCGAUUGGACCUAUAAAACCACGAUUCGACCAUUAGAGAUAUCGAUUAUUUAACCACCUACGUUGUGCCAACUGAUCGAAAGACGAAUUGAGCAGUUAACCAUCAGAACCCGAACGAAUUGGACAACCGACUCAAAAUAGUUAGUUGGUACUCUAGAAUCUAGAUAGAGAUACGUGGAUCCAAGUGUAUAUAUGUACCUUUCUAUAUAAAGCGUUGUUAUUAUGAGGCUGACAUGGAUAACAUUGUGGCUGUGCAAUUGCUUAAAAAUGAUUAACCACCAAUGAAAGAGGAAAACAAGGUUUUGGACAUAGAGGGUAAUGGGGCUAAUGCCUAAUGGGACUUGAGCUAAUUAAUAUGCGAAUCUUACUUUGAUUAACAGCCUCAAGUUUGUAUCCACUCAAAUGAUGAUAUAGCUUGGCCACAACCUUAGUUUAUUAGUUUAUGAUUGGCAAUAAGAAUAUCUUGAUUUGGCUCACGAUUAGUCUAAUGGUGGUGUUCUCUGGUGAAUAUGUAGGGGGCAUUUCGAUGGAUCAAGUCAAAACAUAGUUUAAAAAUGGUAAUGGGAAAUUGUCACCAUGCACUAAUGAUAAAUUGAGAUUUACUUAUUCAGAGACAAAUUUAGAGAGUUGCUCGAUCUCAAUCCAUCUUCACUUAUUGGUGGGAAGGUGUUACGAUGAAACUAACGUGUUUUGUGUUUUGAAAAUUUUUUGCAUGCACAUUUUGACAUUCAUCGUACGUUUGUGGCACUACAUUUGUACUUUGCCCCAUCGACAUGACCCGUAAAAAUUGUUGGAAAGAUUAAAUCAAUCAUUCGUAAUGUUUACAAAUCAUCUAUUACGAUUUUCAAGCUAUUGAAGAACUAUUUAGACAUAACUAUGGUGUAUUUAAUAUUCGUGCACUUGAAACUUAGGAUUAUCAUAAAUCAUUAGGUGUUCAAAUGGUUACCAUGGUUAUAACCAAACCAAAUAAGGUUAAAUUCCAUUA